GGAGCAGGAACGACACAAUUGUUUUGCACAUCCAGCAUAGGAACAUUUUUGCACGCUUCGAAAAAGAGUGUACUCACGCGGCGCACUGCACAUUGGGAUCCCCUACGACAUCUGCGCCCACGUAAACAUAUGCACGAUAAUGAAUCCACAAAUGUAAGGGGCAAAGUGCAGAGGAUUUUUCUCCCUCCCCCUCUUCCCGUAGCUCAUUCGCUAACCCGUCCAGUUACGCAAAAUUGCACAUCUUGACGAUCGCUGAGCAGUUGGAGGUGCAGGGAAAAAAAAAAAAAAAAUUAGCCACCCCUAGAAGGAGCACCCCAAACGAACGGAUAGAAGAGCUAACAAAAUGAAGAAAACCGUGGAAGCCGCUGACAGACAAGGGAAAGUGGAAAAGAAAUGCAUCCUGGACAUGCUAAAAGAAAACGACUGCGAAACACUGGAGGAGCUUAAAAAUUUAAUAACCUUCCUGAACAGCGAAAAUAAAAGGCUGCACUCAGUGAACAUUGAGUCGCUCAAAAAAAUAAACAUCCUCACCGUCAGGGUGAAGAAUUUAGAAAGCUUAGCAAAAAAUUAUGACGAGUUUUAUCAAAAUGGGAAGAGCUACAAGGACAAGUUAGAGCAGCUGAGUCGCAAGGUGAAUGCGCUCAUGGGUUACGCAAAGGACAAACAAAACGAGUGCUGCGAACUGAUCGGAGAGCAAGACAAAUACUUCAGAAACUUCUUCGCAAACUUGAAUAAAAUUAUCCAAUCGAUUGUUUCGUUCAACCCGGAUGGAGGGCGAGGAGAAGGAAGUGCCUCUCCCCGUGUUAGCAGCCCCCUUGAUGGGGAAAGCUACCGCCAAAGGGGGAAGUCGAAAGGGUCCCCUUCGGCCUGCACAUCCGACAAUGAUGACGAUGAGAACAAUCGCGGUUACGCCAAUUCGGAAGAUGAGGACAACGAGAAUGCACAAAAAAACGAACUACACAAAAAACGGUCCAACUAUUUAACCGCAACAAGGGAACGCACACAUAACAGGACCAACACAUAUGGAGAACCAUCUAGCCAUCCAGAUACGUCACCACAUGAUGAGCUACGAAUGAGAGGGGAACAGGACAGAUGCAACGAAAGAAUCGAAAAAAUAAAAAGCUUAUGCGAGUCAUUCAAAAAUAUAGACAAUGAGUCUUCCAAAUCGGGCAAUUCCGAUGGGAGUAGAAAACCAAAUGGGAAUCUCCCCGUUUCGUCGAAGCAAAAAAAAAAAAAAAAAAAAAAAGCGUUAGAAAGUCAGCAGGAUGAGCCAUUUCACUCAGGAUAUGAAAAUGAGCAUAUGCAGGAGUACCAGCUGGAGAACGACGAGGAAAUCAAACUGGUCCACAGCGCAGAUCAUAGAGCAGAUCAAAGUGCACAUCAAAGUGCAUAUCAAAGUGCACAUCAUAGUGCAGAUUUAGGGGAUGGGAAAAUACGCGAAAAAGUCGCGUACAAAAGUAAGAAAGGAACCAAAGGGGAUGCGCAAAAGAGGCCGGACGGCAUUGCGGAUUAUCAUAAGGACAUAAAAAAAGGGUCAAACCAUUUGGUAAACGAUAUAAGUAGUAGUAGGGGAAAUAAAAAAAAUCACGACGUGGCUGAGAAGAACCCUUCCAAUAAGGUCCCCAGUGCCCAAAGCAACAUUAUGGACAUCUUAAAUAAUCGAAUGCAUAGGGCCUCCUUGGAGCACAUAGAAAGUGGCACUACUCCCAAGUACGUCAAAUAUAACACUAUACAUCGCGAAAUUAUGAACCCACGUCAGCACUUUGUUAAUCAAAACAAAAAUUCCGUUGAUCAUAUUAUUUGCCUGUAA